UUCUACCCGUCGGACUAGCGUGGAGGAGAACUGCUGGCCGGAUGGAUGCGGACAGCCUCUUGUUGUCGCUGGAGCUGGCGUCUGGCAGUGGGCAGGGCCUCAGCCCCGACCGUCGAGCCUCCCUGCUCACGUCCCUUCUGCUGGUUAAGCGCGAUUACCGCUUUGCUCGGGUCCUUUUCUGGGGCCGCAUCCUCGGUCUUGUUGCGGAUUACUACAUCGCACAGGGCCUGAGUGAGGACCAGCUCGCACCACGCAAGACGCUGUACAGCCUGAACUGCACAGAGUGGAGCCUCUUGCCCCCUGCCACAGAGGAGAUGGCAACGCAGACCGCUGUGGUGAGUGGCCGCUUCAUGGGGGAUCCCUCACACGAGUAUGAACACACUGAGCUCCAGAAGGUGAACGAGGGUGAGAAGGUCUUCGAUGAAGAGGUGGUGGGUACUCCUCCCCUGUCUUCUCAGGUCCAAAUCAAGGAGGAGACCCGCUUGGUGUCUGUUAUUGACCAGAUUGACAAAGCUGUAGCCAUCAUCCCCCGAGGCGCUCUCUUCAAGACUCCUUUCGGAGUCACCCAUGUCAAUCGAACCUUUGAAGGCCUGCCCUUGUCUGAGAUCAGGAAGCUCAGCUCGUACUUCCACUUCAGGGAGGCUGUAGAUCUGAAGAACAAGACCUUGCUCGAGAAGGCAGAGUUGGACCCCUCUCUGGAUUUCAUGGACUCCCUGGAGUAUGACAUCCCCAAAGUUUUCCUGUACCACUGGGCCUGGGCCACUCACCCCAGCGGCUCCCCAUCUCCUGGAAGCCAGAGGGUCUUGGAGCAUCCAGAUGGAGAGAGGCAACGCGCUGGUGGUGCUCCGCAGCCUGCUCUGGCCAGGCCUCACCUUCUACCACGCGCCCCGCACCAAGAACUAUGGCUACAUUUACGUGGGCACGGGUGAGAAGAACAUGGACCUGCCCUUCAUGCUGUAGGAGGGCGGUCUGGAUAUCUAUGUGAUAGAGUCCAAACCCUGUUUUCAUAAAGCUCAA